AUGGCUAAACUGAUUCCUGAUGCACUUUUGCUAAUUGUGAGUUUGAUAAACAUUUUCACCGUGGAUACAUCGUUUUCCAGUGAGGGAGACUUGCACUCAUCUCCAGUCUUCUCUGGUGGUUCCAGCAGUGUUGGACAUCAGCAGAAAGAAGCGAAGCUUGUUUCAGCAUCACACGCUCACACAAGAUCCAAGCGCUGCACUUGCUACUCUUUCAAAGACAGAGAAUGUGUUUAUUACUGUCAUUUGGGCAUCAUCUGGAUCAACACCCCACAACGUACAGUUCCAUACGGCAUGUCAAGUUAUCGCAGCCCUCAGAGAUUAAGGCGCUCCAGCGGGACUAUAUCAGUGGUUCUUCGUCGCUGCUUAUGCACAGACCAUAAUGAUGUCCAUUGCUACAACUUCUGUGAUGCAAGCUCCGAGAAUGUGUCAGAGGGAAGAUUGAGAGGACGUUCACCUUGGUAA